UCCCCUCAUCAAUCUAUUACUUUAAUUUUAUCUUUGAUUUUCCAAACUUUCAUAUAAUUCAAAUCCAGGACUCUUUCACUGAUGACCAUUCUACAACUCAUACUAUCUUCCAGCCGUAGUUAGUCCCCUCUACUAACUAUGUUCCAGCUCAACAAAAAUAAUCAUGGUUUAACUUUCCCAUUGACUAUAUAUGACAAAUUUUUCACCAUUUCAUCCUCGCAGCAAAACCUUUUCAAUGCUAUUCUUGAUGUGUAGGGUCCAAUCUUUAUUAUCAUCCACAGUUCUUUGAAGAAAAGAGAUUAUUUUUCUCACUCUGGCAUUCUUGUCUAUAGGUACCUUGCACGUGGUCAAAUUUCUAGCUUACGGGAAGCCGUACCCUCCCCUUCCUCGUUUCUCCCUUGGGGGGGAUGAGGGUACGGCUAUCAAAUUGAGAGUGUAGGAGAAUACAGUGCAAUUUAUACAACGUCAUUUGGGAGGAACAUUCCGUAAUCGCAGGCUCAUAAUUUUUGCUUGUUUCAAACAUGGCGGCACGUUCACUGAUCAUCGAUUUAUUCAAAAGCCCCAAUGGAACACUGUAUGGUGUUCUAAUUGCUGUCUUCAUUGUGGUUUUGACUACAGUCUUGUACCUUUUGUUCGGUAGGAGUCGAUCCAGAGGACGUGGGAUCUUGUUGGUUGGACUAACAGAUUCUGGCAAAACACUGCUUUACAGCAGACUGUCUAGUGGAAAAUAUGUGAUGACCCACACUUCAAUAAAAGAAAACAAAGGCCAAUAUAAAUUAAAAGCCAACAAGAGUGGCAAGACACUUGAUCUAAUAGAUUUACCUGGGCACGAGAGAGUGAGAUCAAGAUUUGUAGAACAAUACAAGAAUCAGACAAGAGGGAUCUUGUUUGUUGUUGAUAGUGUCAACUUUCCACGAGAAGCAAGAGAUGUAGCAGAGAUAAUGUAUGACAUUCUUGGUGACAAGCAUUUAUCCAAAUCAGCUUCUUCUAUCCUGGUUGCAUGUAACAAACAAGACCUGACAAUGGCCAAGUCACAAAGUGUAAUAAAAUCUCAGCUGGAAAAGGAGAUCAACACGCUUCGCGUCACGCGUGCCGCUGCCCUACAAGGACAAGAUGGCGGCUCAACUAAUGAUACAGCAUAUGUCGGGAAGAAAGGCAAGGAUUUUGAGUUCAGCCAUGUGUUACCGCUGACCGUGGAAUUUGCAGAGUGUAGUGCCAAGGGCCAAGUAGAGGGAGAGGCUGACAUCACCGCAGUGGAAAAAUGGCUGGAAAAGAUCGCUUGAACCUUACGUUCUGACAAACGAUUGUACGCUGUUUUGGAAAAAUGGCUGGAAAAGAUCGCAUGAAUCUUACGUUCGUACAAACGAUUGUACGCUGUUUUUUGUGAGAAAAACCGUGUGCAAGAAAUUCGAAAAUGAAGUAAAGUAAAGUAAUAUACAGGAAGAUUUCGAAAUUAUAUCCAGGAUUACAUUCUUUUUUA